GAACAGUCCAUUUAUUAGAAAUGCGUACGAACUGAAUAGACGAAUAGUACUAGCAAUGCGUUUAUUAGGAAUCGGUAUGAAUGGAUUGAUCAAGUUCUGUGCCUUCAUGGAUCUGCCUCGGCCGAUAUUUCAAACCGUUUAUACAGCUGCUGUGGAUAUAAUUUCGGUCGCCGCUCGCUCGGUGUGUCAGAUUAAUAUGGAGAGAGCAGUGAAAGAAGAGAAGGAAAUGACUUCUGCAGAAGGACGAGAUGAUAAUGAACUGACUGUAUCUGGCGAUGGAUCUUGGAGGAAACGAGGAUUCACAUCGCUUUUCGGCUUAGUUUCUUUAAUUGGCUGGCAUACCGGAAAAGUUGUCGACAUCAUCGUCAAAUCUAAGUACUGCAAAAUUUGUGAAACUUGGGAAAAGAAAAAAGAUACCGAAGAGUAUGCGGAAUGGCUUGAAACGCAUAAGACAGUUUGCCAGUCAAACCAUGAAGGCUCUGCAGGAAAAAUGGAAAUAGAUUCAGUAAUCGAGAUGUUUAAACGUUCCCUUAGUUUGUAUAAUAUGAAAUACAUUUCUUACAUCGGCGACGGUGACAGUAAAACUUUUAAAGGACUUAUAGAUGCUCAGCCUUAUGAAAAUACUGUUGUGCAGAAAAAAGAAUGCAUCGAUCACGUGCAAAAACGCAUGGGAACUCGAUUGCGUAACGUUAAAAAAUCAAAAAAAGGCCUAAGUGGAAAGGGUAAAUUGACUGGUAAACUUAUUGACGAUUUAAGUCAAUAUUAUGGUUUGGCAAUUCGACGUAAUCCUAACUCAAUAGAAGGUAUGAAAAAUGAUAUUUCAAUAGUUUGGUCUAUCGCUCCGAAAACAAAAAAAAUAUUGGACUUGAGUGCAGAUAUUGCUGUUAGUAUUUUUAACGAUGGACUGCAAGCAGUUUUAAGAAUAAUGGACACCAUGGAAAUAACAAUUGGCAAUAAUUGCUACAACUUCUGCCUCGAAGCCGAUGCGAAGCGAAUUCAAUACUCCGAGCGCUCGCUCACUGAUAAAGCGAAAGAGGCGCGCCAAUCCUUAACAGCGGCCAGAAAACAAGGAGAAGAAGAAAAUAGCAACAUAGAGGGUCAACUUUAUGGUUCUGGAAUAGCUGACUAA